AUGUUUAACUCCUUAAUAGUGCAACCUACUUUAUUACCUGUCAAUCAAUUAUUACAAGAUUAUUGUAAUUCACCUAUUUUUUUACCAAAUAAUGUAUCGAGAAUAGCAUUUUCACCAUGUUCGAAAUAUUUGGCUAUAUCAAAACAAGAUAUUGAUGAUCAAUAUUGUGUUCUUGUCUUUUAUUGUUCAAAUUGGCAUUCAAAAACUAUUACUGAUGAUAAUUUAUAUUUACACAAUAAAUUUAUUUGUACAUCAGCAAUAUGGUCAUUAGCAUUUGGUAAAGGAGUAUCAGAAUUAAAUUCUAUAACGAAACCAAUUUUACUUAAUAAAAAUGAUUUAUCUAUACCAAUAACAACACGACGUGCAUCACUUGAUCAACGUCGUUUAAGUUUAUCAGUUGUCAAUCGUCGACAUGAUUUUACAAAACAUCUAUUUCUUGCUACGGGUCUUGCUGAUGGAAAAAUAAAUAUUUGGAAUGUUGAUACUGGAGAAUUAACAUUAAUACUUGAAGAUCAUCAAUUAGCUGUAUGUGGAUUAGAUUUUACAUCAUGUAAUAUGCAAUUAGCAUCAUGUUCACAUGAUACAACUAUUAAAUUAUGGGAUUUACUUGAUGAUGGUAAUAUGUAUAAAACAUUAAAUGAAUGGACUCAUGUGAUCAAUAUAGUAAAAUGGUCACCAGAUGAAUCACUUUUAUGUGCAGUAGGUCCAUAUGAAUUUGUUGUAUUAUUUGAUACAAUAACAUGGACAGAAUUAUUUAAAUUAGAUGGACAUUUACAUAAUGUUGUUGAUUGUGCAUUUUCAUCGGAUAGUGCCUUUUUAGUAACUGCUUCUUAUGAUACGCGUGUUUUAAUGUGGUCAACAAUAACUGGUGAAAUUAUAAAAGCAUUUGCACAUCAAAUUCCAAGACCAUUAAAAAUUUAUGCUGGCGGUGAUAAUGGGGCAUUUGUUCGAUCUGUUGCUGUUACAAAAUCUAAUCAGUUUUUAGUUACUGCUUGUGAUGAUAAUAAAGUACGCUGGUUUCCUUUAGUAUCAAAUCAUUCAUCAAAUACGAUAUUUGAACAAACAGAAAACAAUGUUCUUUAUGUUGCAAUAACAUCUGACAGUCAAACUAUGGCUGUUAGUAAUCGUAAUGGUGAUGUUCGUCUUUUUUCAACAGUUACAACAUUACUCACAAGUCAACCAUUAUCAUUAAAAUAUUUGUGUCGACUAACAAUAAAUACCAAUUGUGGACAUAAACGACAAGAUAUUUUAAACUUACCUAUAUCACAUAAGUUGGUUAAUUAUCUUUUAUAUAAAGAUAUUUCAAUGAAAUAUACAAAACAAAUUAUAUAG